UUUUGUACAUGUGAAGCUGUGAUACAACAGUAGGAAGAACCAGUGUUAUGAUGGUAACGAAGCAAAACGUUUCUGGAGGGAGUUCCUCGAAAUUAAAAACCGAGGUGUGCUAUAAAAUACAGUGAUUUGUUUAGGUUGUAAAACAGUUAAAUAACUAUAUCAUGCGUCUCCAGGAUUAUCUGCAGCUGGUACUAUAAAUAACCUUUCCUUAGGCUACCGUCGUGGGUAGAGUAGAUGAAGAGAAAGGGAUCUGUGUCAACAACUAAACAAGAGUGGUGUUCACGUAGGAAAUGCAGCAGACGAGGACACUUUCCACAUCAAGGAUGUCAACAUGCAGCAUAUGAAAAUAUCUCAAAUAUCUAAUCUGGUAUCGUGGACUGCAUUCAAUCAUCACCAAGACACUUUUCCCUGAGGACUACAAACAACAUGUUUAUGAACAGAGGGACUAACUGGAGUGGGGAUAACCUAAAACAAUAGAACAUAUUAGUAAUAAGUAUUUUGACUAUGUGAAUGGAGAAGUCAUGUGAGUACUUUCUGCCUACUGUAGUCUACACCUCUGCAGUUUCUCUGUACUGAAGUAUGUAGAGGGUGAAUCUGAAAAGACUUGUGUCACCAUCAAGUACCUAAGUUUUGCAAGUCUAAAGAAAACAGCCAGAAGCGAGGAGGUGAACAGACUGUGAGGCUUGGUGCUUUGCAAGAUCCGUUCCUGAAGAUGCUGCAGACUGGUAACUUCUCACUGGUGCUGCUAAUCCAGCUGACACUGUUGGCCUAUGACCUCUUCGUCAACUCCUUCAGUGAACUCCUGAGAGGAGCACCGGUCAUCCAACUAGUGCUUUUCAUCAUGCAGGACAUCGCCAUCUUGUUCAACGUGAUCAUCAUUCUGCUGAUGCUGUUCAACACCUACGUGUUCCAGGUGGGCCUGGUGUCCCUGCUGCUGGAGAGGUUCAGGGCGCUGCUGAUAAUCUCUGCUCUUUACCUGACGCUCAGCAUCUGCUUCCACUGCUGGGUGCUGAACCUCCGAUGGUUUCAGUCAAACCGAUUUAUUUGGACUGAUGGUCUUCAGGCUCUUUUUGUGUUCCAGAGAACAGCGGCAGUGUUGUAUUACUACUUCUACAAACGCACAGCUGAGUGUAUGGGUGAUCCGAGGCUGUAUGAAGACUCUCUGUGGCUGCGUAACAUCUUCGCCAGAGCUCGUCAGUGAAGAAGAGACAGUUUUGAGAAAGACUUUAUGGAAAAUCUUUUUGUAUUAUUUGUACAUCUAUGAAUCACCCUAUGUUAACUUGGAAAACCUUGUUUAACUUGCAUAUUUGAAAGAUGAACGGAUACAAUUAUUGGUUAACUGAAGUAAAUGGGGCCGUGUUUAACAACAGCUGUUGACAAAUUUACAUGUUUGCUAUUUUGUGAUACUUGUCCAUCUGUAAGACUGUUUUUUCAGAAGUUGGUUAAAGCAGCCCCCAUUUAUUUUCCCUUAGAGGCCUCAGAAAACAGUUUUCUGCAAGAAUUUAAGGUCAUCAUAUUGGGGAUGAGGUAUUCCUUUAAAAGGAUCUGGGAUGGAAGGCCCUUCUGACAUUAUAACACCAAGCAUCAUUAUUUGCUAUUCAGAAUUGUUGACUAUUUUCACAGCAAAUUCUCAAGCUGUUUGUUUAUUGGUGCUUCAACACCAAGUGAGGAGUUGGUUAAACAGCUUACAGUGGCAGGUAAGCCAACCGUAGUGGUAUUGUAUUAACCAGGAUUGUGUCUGGUAAUCUGUGGCCUUUGUAAAUCAAUUAGAGUGGCAGACAGCAUGAGAAGCAUUGAAAGAACAUUAGUAAGAUUUCAGUGUUUGCAAAUGGCAAGCUUGUUUUGAUUUGUAGUAAUUCAUCCAUAAAACAUGUAGUUAUAGUUUUUUUGAAAAUGUAUGUUAUUCCCUCCUCAAAGGAAGAAAAUUGUUGGUUUGUUUGGCCUUAUGUAAGGUUAUUAUGUGCUGUUUACAUGGUUAAUGUCAUUUUAAUAAGCCAAUGUUCAAGUGAACUCUCUUCUCUGGGUGGGAAUCUUUGAACAGUGUUCCCGCUGUUUUUAAUAAAUAAUCCUUCUCUAAUCCUGGUGUAAUCCUUUCUUCACUCGAGUCAGUAUUGACCUGUAGACAAGGUGAAGACUGCCCUAUAUUUAACACAAAGAUUAAUCAGGGCUUGAGGGUUUUAGGCACCAUAGUGAAACACACCAUAAAUAGUCUUUAGGGUGUCAAAAUAACAUUCUAAUAGCUAGAAAACAACAGUUCCAUUGAACUUCGGGUCGCAUCUAAAUAAGAAUUGAUAGACAGUUUUUAUACAAUUGUUAAAAUCUAUGUGAUCCAUGGAUUUUAGCUAUUCAUGCUGAUAUCAGGCUGAACAAAGAAGGACACCAAAAGUUGUACAAAUCCCCUUUACUCAUGACAAGAAAACCAGAGUCCAUAUGAUCCUAUUAUGUUGUCAGUGCACUCCAAUUAAAUCCAGAUUGUGUGAUG